AUGGCUUCUGAAGAGGGGAAGAAGAUGAUCACGUUGAAGAGCAUGGAUGGACAGGAGUUCCAGGUGGAGAAAGAAGCAUGCGCGAUCUCGGAGAUGAUCAAGUUUGUUUCCGAUGACUGCGAUACCGAAGACGUAAUUCCUGUGGCCAACAUCCGUGGUAAUAUCCUGGCAAAAGUCGUCGAGUACAUGAAGAAGCAUUUGGAAUUCGCCUCCAAAAAGCGGAGUUCGGAUGCUGGCAAGGAGAUCGCGGAAGGUAACGAGGAGCUCGUGGACGUUGAUGAGGAGAUCAAGGCAUGGAACAAUGACUUCAUCAAGGACGUCGAUACAGACACCCUCUACUUCCUAUUGAUCGCAUCCGACUACUUGAGCAUCAAAGGCUUGCUGGAUUUAGGUGUUAAGAAGGCUGCAGACCUAAUAAGGGGGAAAUCACCCGAGCAGAUCCGCACUACCUUUAAUAUACAGAAUGAUUUCACCCCCGAGGAAGAGGCUGAGUUCAGAAAAGAGUAUUCAUGGGUUUUUGAUGAAGGGAUAUAG